AUGUCUGCCUUUGAAAACUCUCCUGCUUCUAAAGAAUUCAGAAGUGAUACCUUCACUAGUCCCACUGUUUCAAUGGUAAAUGCCAUGCAGUUGGCUACUCUUGGUGAUUCUGUAUAUAACGAAGACGAAACUACAAUCGCCUUAGAAAAGAAAGUUGCCAAGAUUGCCGACAAACCGGCUGGUUUAUACUGUGUAAGUGGUACUUUAUCUAACCAAAUUGCUCUCAGAUGUCAUUUGUUUCAACCACCCCAUAGUGUGUUGUGUGACUAUAGAUCACAUGUCUAUGUCCAUGAAGCUGGUGGAUUGCCAACUUUAUCACAGGCCAUGGUCCAACCAAUUAUCCCCAAAAAUGGUAUUCACUUAACUUUGGAAGAUGACAUCUUACCAGUUUUUAUUCCUGAUGAUGGUGAGAUCCAUGGUGCACCAACCAAGGUGAUUUCCUUGGAGAAUACCUUGCACGGUAUGAUCUUCCCUCUUGACGAAAUCAAAAAGAUUAGCGAGUUUUGUAAAGCCAACGAUGUCAAGUUGCAUCUCGAUGGAGCCCGUUUAUGGAACGCAUCAGUUGAAACCGGAAUCUCAAUUGCGGAAUAUGGGAAAUACUUUGAUUCUAUUUCCUUAUGCUUAUCUAAAACGUUGGGUGCGCCUGUUGGUUCUGUUCUUGUCGGUGAAUCCAAAUUUAUUUUGAAAGCAAACCACUUCAAGAAGCAAAAUGGUGGUGGUAUUAGACAAGCCGGGAUCUUAACUUCAAUGGCAAGUGUUGCAAUUGAUGAAAAUUUACCUAAGUUGAAGCAGACUCAUGAAUGGGCAAAGGAAUUGGGCCAACUCUGCGAGGAAAACGGAAUUCAGUUGGAACAUCCAGUUCACACCAACUUUGUAUUUUUGGAUUUAAAGGCUACUAAAAUAGACCCAGACUUAUUGGAAAGACUUGGUAAAGAAGAAGGCAUCGUAUUGGGAGGGAGCAGAAUUGCCUACCAUUACCAAUUGUCUAAGGAAAGUAGAGAACUGGUGAAAAAAGUGGUUCUUGAAGCAUUUGAGUCUGCAAAGAAGAAUCCUUAUGUUGGUAGUAAUGUGCACAAGUUUUACAAUGUUACUGGUGAAAAGAAUUGA